AUGGAUGUUCCAAGUCGUUGGGUGAUGGCAAAGGAAAAACACCUAUGUUUUCGAUGUUUACGGAACAAUCACAGAGGAAGUGAAUGUCGUCUAUACAGAAAAUGUAACAUAGACGGGUGUGUGAAAACACAUGAUAAACUUUUGCACUCAACCAAUGACCAAUCAAAACAGGGCUUUAGUUUGAAUGUAAAUGCACAAGAAUUUACUUCAGGUACAAACACAGAUGAACAAGCAUUUACCAGCAGACAAGCAAAUAGUAAAAUUGCUUUGAGAACAGUUCCAGUAAUUAUAUCAACUGAAAUGCGAACAUUGAGAAUUAAUGCAUUAUUAGAUGAUGGAAGUUCUAAAACUUACAUAAAUGAAGAUGUUGCAUAUGAGUUAGGUUUAGAUGGAGACACGGAAACCGUGAAAGUUAAUUUAUUAAACGGUAGGACAGAGAGUUUUUCAACUAAAACAGUAGCAUUUUGUAUUGAAAGUGAAAAUAGACAGCUAAAAAUGAACAUAGAAGCAAACACUACUAAAAAUGUAACUAGAUCGUUGAAAGCAGUUAACUGGAAUGAACAUUUCGGAAGAUGGGAUCACUUGAAGGGAAUACCAUUUCCAAACAUUACAAAGAAAAGUAAAGUAGAUUUACUGAUCGGCAUCGAUUAUUCAGAUUUGCACAGGUCAUUGAAUGAAAUUAAGGGAGCGCCAGGAGAAUCUAUCGCAAGAUUAACGCCACUAGGUUGGACAUGCGUGGGACCAGUCGUAUCGCAAAGUAUUGAAGAAGAUAAAAAUUUCUUCACAUUUUUCGGUAGCACAUUAGAUGAAACAAUUAAGCAGUUUUGGGAAAUAGAACAUGUAAAAGUGGACAAACCGGAACUGUCACAAGAAGAAAAUGUUGCUCUUGGAAAAGCGAAAGAUACAAUAGAGUAUACAGAAAAAAUGUAUGAAAUAGGAAUACCAUGGAAAGAGAAAAAUGUUGAGUUGCCGAACAAUUAUGAUAUGGCACUGACUCGUUUACAGAACACUGAAAGAAGGCUCAAUAAAAACCCAACAGUUAGCAAGGCAUACAGUGAGAUAAUUAAGAGCUAUGAAGAGAAAGGGUACAUUACAAAGAUAACUGAAUCUGUGCCACAAAAUAGCCAGUCAUGGUAUUUACCACAUUUCCCAGUCAUUAGACCUGAAAAGGAAACAACAAAAGUACGUAUCGUGUUUGACGCAUCCGCGAAGUAUCAAAAUGUAUGUCUGAAUGAUGUAGUCUACGCUGGACCAAAACUGCAGAUAUUGUUUGAUGUUCUUCUCCGUUUUCGAAAGAAGCCAGUGGCUAUUGUUUGCGAUAUAGCAGAAAUGUAUCUUCGAGUCGGUAUCCUUGAAACUGAUAGACGUUUCCAUCGAUUUCUUUGGAAUUCAAAAUGUGACCCACCAGAACAGUAUGAAUUCAAUCGAUUAGUAUUUGGAGUAAAUGCGUCUCCUUUCUUAGCUCAAUUUGUAGCUCAAGAAAAUGCAAAAGCUUUUAAAGAACAGUUUCCUCGAGCUUCAGAGAGUGUGAUGAAAUCUACAUACAUGGACGAUACAAUGGACUCUGUAGGAAAUGAAAAUGAAGCAAUGAUUUUUUAUCAUGAACUGUCAGAAUUAUGGAAGUUAGCUGGCAUGAACCUAAGAAAAUGGAUGACAAAUUCAACUGCAGUCUUAGCUGAAAUACCUCAAGAUGAAAGAGCAUAUAAAGCUGAGGUUAAGGCAAAUAGUGAAUUACCAGCAAUUAAAACAUUAGGUUUAAGUUGGGAUUCUCAGGAAGAUGUGUUUUCGUUCAGUAACACAUUAUCGCUUGUCUCGGGAAAAAAAUUAGCCAAACGAAUUUUGUUGAAAAACAUAGCAAGAUUGUUUGAUCCACUAGGUUUUCUCACUCCGUUCACUGUGCGCGCAAAAAUGAUCAUGCAAGACAUAUGGGUGACUGGAGUGGACUGGGAUGAUGAACUGUCUGAAGAGUUGUCUGAGGAAAUAAAAAAGUGGUUUUCAGAACUAGAACAGUUGAAUGAACUACAAGUGCCAAGGUGUCUCGAUAUAAAGAUAGAUAGUACACUACACACCUUUGUCGACGCGUCAACUAAGGCAUAUGGGGCAGUUGUAUAUUCUGUAAACGGUGGAGAUAAUGGACAGACUGUGAAUUUGAUAGCCUCGAAAAGCAGGGUCGCUCCUUUGAAAUCCAUAAGUAUUCCUAGACUUGAAUUGUUAGCUGCUAGCCUUGGACUACAGUUGACACAGGCAAUAUGUGAUGUGCUGGACAUGCCAGUCGAAAACGUGGUAUUCUGGUCGUAUAGUAUGAAUGUGAUUUACUGGAUUCAUGGAGCAAGUAGACAGUAUAAAACGUUUGUAGCAAAUCGUGUAGGGUCAAUUCAUGAAAUACCAUCUCCAAGUCAGUGGCGUCACGUACCAACAGUGAAUAAUCCAGCAGAUUUGACAACGCGAGGAAGUUUAACCCUAGAAUUGUCAGAUUGUUCGUUUUGGUGGCACGGACCAGAAUUUCUAAAAUAUGCAGAGGAACACUGGCCGGAAAAUAAGUUUGAAAUGACUGAAGAAGUGAAAGUUGAAAUGAAACGAAAAUCUGAAACUGACAAGAAAUACAAUUUUGUAAUUACUACGAAAGAAGAAGAUAGGCUAAAUCCUACUAACUAUUCAGACUGGAAUCAUUUUGUUAGAAUUAGUGCAUGGAUUAAUAGAUUCAUAGACAAUUGUCAAAUGUCAAAGAGAGAUAGAAGGUUGUCAAAAGAACUGUGCUUAAGUGAAAUCGGAGAGGCAGAGAAAAGACUUAUAAGAAUAGCCCAAAUUGAAUGUUUUGAACAAGAAUAUACGUGCAUUUCGAAAGGUAAAGCUAUUCCUAAUAGCAGCAAAUUGGCUCCGCUGAAUCCCAUAUUAGAUACAGAUGGUCUACUGCGUUGUAAUAGUAGGCUAAAAUACGCGGAUUACAUUUCAUAUGACGUUAGAUACCCAAUUAUUCUGCCAAGAAAACAUAGUAUCACAAAACUUAUAGUGAAACAGAACCAUUAG